CCCAGACUGGACUUUCAGCUUCGCUUUUCCAAAGCUACAUCUGUCACUAGUGGCAACCCUCUUAUCAAUUAAUGUCAAAAUUCAUAUCAGUCAGAAAUUGGGAGGGGAGAGAAUCAAAACUGCGCUGAAUUCGGGAUUUGCGACUUCGAGUUCGGUUGUUGAAUUUCUUUGUUUUUAUUUUUAUAAGUAAAUGUAAAUUAGAUGUCAAGUUAUUUUAAUCAUGAAAAAGGGAUAUAAAGUGACCGAUGUAAGGAGGGAGAAGAAAAUAGGCAUCGCAGCUGAAAACCUACAGGAGUUGGUGGAGAAGUCGUGCAAAAAGUUAGGCUUCAAUGUCAGCUGCGCAGAAUGCCGGCUGUGCGUGGCCGAGGACGGGACACAGGUGGAUGACGACGACUACCUGGCCACCCUGCCACCACAAACACUCUUUAUAUUAUUAAAAAAUAAAGAGGCAAUGGUCACUGACUUUGAUUACUACUAUGAGCUGAUCCGGUCACCUAAGAAGGAUUACAUAGACACUGGGGCUGCAGCCAAGGAGUUUCUAACCACUAACAUCAAGGAGAAGUUCAAGGUGUUCCAGAGGUACAUUGCAGCUGCUGAUGACGCGCGCACCAUGCUCAGUGAGAGGACUCAGGACCCUGAGUGGUUUGAAGGUUUGGAGCCUUCUGAAAAAACAAAAGAGCAAUCAAUGUCAAAACGUGUGAAAGAACGAAUGAGGGGGUAUUACUAUAAAACGAAGUCUGCUCUCCAAUCAUCCGAGGUCUACAUACACUCCAAGAACGGACGUGGAAAGAAACUCAUAGACCAGUUUCUUACUGAUUUGCGGAAUAUCCUCGAAUCGCGCAAGUACAAUGAUACCUACUUCAACCGCAAGGCUAAUGAAACAGCGCGCAUGUGCGAUGAGAAGGGAGUGUUUCAAUGUGGAGGCUUAUGGAGCGAUAACAAGUGCCUGUACGAAGGCGAGCACAUCAUCAACCCUUACAGAAGCCGUGAAGAGCGCAUCAUAUUCCAAACUUGGAAUUUAGACCACAACAUCGAGCUCUCAAGGUCUAUAAUCCCAAAAAUUCUUGAAGCAAUCGACGGGUUGUACAACGGUGAUAUUAAAUGUAUAAUGUGUGAUAAGGAUUCGAAGGUAGGCGUCCUGGAAGCCGACAGGUACUUCCUGCAAAUAUUUACGCGGGAGAAUCUCAAGCUGGUGCACAUAGUGUGCCAUUACAAAGGUAAGCACGACUCUGAGUCCGGUGUGUACACACUAUGUAAAAAAUGUUUUUCUGGCCAAAGCAUUGAGUAUAAGUAAGAAGUUGAAGAGAAAAAUGCAGAUUCAGGAUUCGAUUCUUUCUAUUUGCUUUUUUUAUCUAUGUUUCGUAAGGGUAAUUAGCUUUACAAGCAAUUUGUAUUGAUUAAGUAUUAUGACUCCUACGUAUUAUGAUUUAUUCUAAUUCUAUUUUACAUAUGAAAACGCAAGCCGUCUAUGAGGCAUAAAGUUUGGCUUCAAUUAGUAUACUUAACUAGAGUGCCCUAAAAAGGCAACAUACUAAAAUAUUAUCGCAAUUAAGUUAACAAAUCUGAAUCUGCUGCUUUUAAAAAUAUUUUAACCUAAUUCUUAUAGUUAUACUGAAUUUUAAUAAUGCCUGUACUUUCUGCCAUGUAGGUACGCUAAAGUAGCGACUUGUGUCAGAUAGACUAACAAUAUGAAGGAUCUCAUUGUUAAUAAUUCUAGUUAAAAAAAAAUGCCAGAGAAUUGUGAACUAUUUAUGCACUUACCUACUGU